CUAGCUCCAGGCACCUCCUGGAAGGCACCUAGUGCCCAAAUCUCAUCCUUCCUUGGCUUCAUUUUAUCCUGACCUCCCCAAAGCAGUUUGUUCCCGCACCACACUGCAGGACUGCGUUCCUCUGUCCUUGCCAUCCUUCUCUCUCACCCCAGCACCACUGGCUCUGUGCCCUCAUGGCGAUCCUGCAAAACAGGUGAAGGAUGCGGGGCUGUGCCUCUCACUUCAGGGCCACAGCUCUGCCUCUGCACACAGCUGCAAACCAGCCAAGGCAAACAUGCUUGUCACUGCUCAUUUUUCUUUCAGUGCAUGCUCCCCCCAGUUUGCUCGUUCUUACAGCUCUUAGCUUGAACUUUCCUCACACUUUCCAGCCUUCCUCUAGUAACAAGAUGGCUAGAAUGAAAGCUCAGGAACCACGAGGGGUCUGCCCAAGGCCAGGAUCCUGUCACCUGCACGAGCUGAAGAGCAGUGGGGUUCAGGUCUGAGAUUUGGGAUUUGCAUUCCUCUCCCUUUCGCUGCUGUGGCACAGCAUGUUCCUGCUCGUGCUCCCCCUUCUGCUUCAAAGUCACUCCAUCUUGGAACAUCUGGGGGGGGGGGUGAUGAUUUGUCCCAGAUGUAUUUGCUGCAUUUUCCAAAUGAUGUCUUUGUUUACUUCCUGCACCGUUUCUAUGUUGUUUGUUUCUGCUUCCAUCAGUGUUUUAACAUGUUGGACAUGUGCUCAAAUGCUUGAAUCUGGCCCUGUGUAGCUAAUGGCUGUGGAUGCCCCGUGGAUGUUCCCUGUGAUUUCAUCCCACUCCCUUUUGCUCUCAUGGAACUCUCAGCUUUGAUGAGGUAAUUUCAUUGUGCAUUGUGUGCAGAGCUAUUUCCUUUUGUUUGAUUCAAACCUGCUGCCUGGUGGUGGGCUGCCUCCACUCCUGCGUUAUGGAUAACGCUGACUAAUUCACCAGACCCAUCGUGCGUGAGAUGUGUUCUCCGCCCACCCCAAAUCUUGCUCACAGCUCUUUUUUAGGAUCUAGCAUUCUGCCGUUUCUUUUUCUUGUUUCCCACGUCAGUGUCACCCAUCUCCAUAGGAAAGUGCGUGCCUUUCCACGUGUCCCCUGGCAGCACCUUUCCAUUUCAGCCUGCCGCUGCCCUGUUAUACCCUGCUUACAAUGGCUCCCAGCAGCCUCUGCGGCUUCUCCUUGGCUUCCUACCGGUACUGGGAAGAGCUGGCACCCAGGGCCAUUUUGCACUAAAUAACAAAGGACAGUGUGAAACUGGUCCUAUGUGGUCCUUGGAUGUGCAUUGCUGUGAAGUUGAAUGGCAAACAGGGGAGUGGUGGGAUGGAACUAAGUUGGAAGAAGGCAUUAGUAUGGUUGCUCUCUUUCCAGCCUGCACUGCUUGCAUUGAAGCUAUGAAGAGGGUCUCCUUGCUAUUGCCUUUGACGGAGCAGCAAAGUAACUGUUUGGAGUGUUUUAGCAGCACUGAGUUCAUCCAUGGGCAAAGCACCAUAGGUGACUGCACACCCCCGGGGCGAGCACGUCUGUGACAGACAGGUGAAGGGGAAUCGGCUUCCUCCAAAUCCAGAAUAGCUCUGCAACUAUUUAUAGCCAGACAGCGGGGCCUUUUCAGCUGCCUUUAGGCUUUGGGGCUCUCUUCUGCUGCCCAGUGCAUGUCGGAGGGCAUCAUCGUGCCCACCACUCCUCGCGUGGCAGAGCUCUGUACCGCAGCAUCGCACCCCGCGCUGCACUCUGACUGCCCGGCUCUGCUGCUCCUGUCCUUGUCCCCAUCCCCGCCCCCGUCCCUUGCCGCGGGUGUGCGGGGCAAGCUGGGGCCGUACCGACGCGGUGCCUCCGCCGCUUCCCCAGGAGAUGGGGCAGGAGAGCAGCGCGCCUCGGAGCAGGGCCGGGGGAAUCCGCCCGCGCCGUGGGAGCCCCCACCCCGCCUCGCUCGGCUCUGCCCCGCGCAGGGGCUCGGUCACGGUGCGUCCCUCCCGUGGGGGCCCCGCGGGGCCCCCGCUCCUCCCCGCCCGCUUCCAGCCCUGCGCUGCCGCCGCCCGGGGCGCGAGGUCCUGUUUGCCGUCCGGUUAAUGAGUGAGCCGCGGCGCGGACGCUUCCCCGACGGCGGAGAGCGGGCCAGCAGCGGACGGCCGGGGGAAGCAUCCCUGCCCCCGCUCCCGCCGCCCCCCGCCCGCAGGUGCAGAGGGCUGGCACUUGGCGGAGGAACUGGAAAGAGCUGGUUCCACUUUGCACUUUUGCUCCGGGCGGGGAGGAGGGAGCCGGGGGCCGAUGGCGGGGUGGCUGCGGCCGCUGGCCGGAGCCCUGCUCCUGCUCGAGGUGACGGCUGCCGUCAGCUUCUUGCACCACCGCUACGAGGAGAUGGUGCGGGCUCUGUUCCGCGUGCAGAGCGAGUGUCCCUACGUCACCCGCAUCUACAGCAUCGGGCGCAGCGUCGAGGGCCGCCACCUCUAUGUACUGGAAUUUAGCGACUACCCCGGCAUCCACGAGCCCCUGGAGCCGGAAUUCAAGUACGUGGGGAACAUGCACGGGAACGAGGUGCUGGGCCGUGAACUGCUGCUGCAGCUCUCCGAGUUCCUGUGUGAGGAGUACCGGCAGGGCAGCGAGCGGGUCACCCGGCUGCUGCACGACACACGCAUCCACAUCAUGCCCUCCAUGAACCCUGACGGGUACGAAGUGGCUGCCAACCAGGGCCCUGAUGGCAUUGGGUACUUGACGGGGAGGAACAACGCCAAUGGUGUGGACUUAAACCGCAACUUCCCUGACCUCAACACGUUCAUGUACUACAGCAGAGAAAUCAGCGGGCCCAACCACCACAUCCCACUGCCCAACAACUGGAAGAGCCAGGUGGAGCCCGAGACUUUGGCCGUGAUCCAGUGGAUCAGCAGCUACAACUUCGUGCUGUCGGCCAACCUGCACGGCGGCGCGGUGGUGGCCAACUACCCCUACGACAAGUCUCAAGACCAGCGGUUCCGGAGCCACCGGCGCACAGCCAACACGCCCACCCCUGACGACAAGUUGUUCCAAAAGCUAGCCAAGACAUACUCAUACGCCCAUGGCUGGAUGCACCGCGGCUGGAACUGUGGGGACUACUUCGUCGAUGGCAUCACCAACGGGGCAUCCUGGUACUCGCUCAGCAAAGGUAUGCAAGACUUCAAUUACCUCUACACCAACUGCUUUGAGAUCACCCUGGAGCUGAGCUGCAAUAAGUUCCCCCCCAAGGAGGACCUGGAGCGGCAGUGGAUGGCCAACCGGGAGGCACUUGUUGCCUUCAUUGAAGAGAUUCACCAGGGCAUCAAAGGGAUGGUCACAGACGAGAACAACAAUGGCAUUGCAGGAGCAGUGAUUUCUGUCCAGGGAAUCAGCCACGAUGUCACCUCUGGUGAGAUGGGGGAUUAUUUCCGGCUGCUGCUGCCCGGCACUUACACCGUCACAGCCUCAGCAGAGGGCUACCAGCCCCAAACGGUGACAGUCACCGUGGGCCCAGCUGCACCUUCACUGGUGCAUUUCCAGCUCAAACAAGACGUGGUGAGGAAGGCCCCAGAGCGUAAAGCCUCAGGCACACGUACGAACAACAAAACCCUUCAGAAGAAGGUAGUGCCCAGAGCUGUGCGUUGGGGCACCCAGAGAUGAGGACAACUCGCUUGGCUGAGAGCAGAGGGAAGCCCUUGCACAAGGCCAGGCUGAAGACUCCAGUCAGUGAACUUUCCAACAGUCCAGCAUUAAACUAGCCCAAGUUACUAGGUUAUUAAAUGAGGAAAUAUUUAA